UGACCCUGCGUCCGGCGUAUCCUCGCCUGGCAACCGUCCUAGAGACGGACACAGCCGGCCGCGGCCGCGACAUGGACGUGAUCUACCCGCUGGCAGUGCCCAAGGGGCGCCGACUCUGCUGUGAGGUGUGCGAAGCCCCGGCCGAGCGGGUGUGCACGGCCUGCACGGUCACGUAUUACUGUGGUGUGGUUCAUCAAAAAGCUGACUGGGUCAGCAUCCACGAGAAGAUCUGUCAACUGCUAAUCCCACUGCGCACUUCCAUGCCCUUCUACAACUCAGAGGAAGAGCGGCAACACGGCCUCCAGCAGCUGCGGCUGCGGCAGAAGCAUUUGAUUGAAUUCUGCUACACUGUGGCCCAGAAAUACCUCUUUGAGGGAAAACAUAAAGAUGCUGUCCCUGCAGCGUUGCAUUCUCUUCGCUUUCGCAUGAAUGUGUAUGGCCUGAGUUCAGUAGAGCUGGUGCCUGCUUACCUGCUGUUGGCCGAGGCCUGCCUUGGUCUGGGCCAGAUCAUUCAGGCGGAGGAAUAUCUAUCUCAAGCCCAGUGGACAGUCCUCAAGUCAACUGAAUGUUGCUACGCCACCCACUCUUUGCUACAUCGGAACCUGGGCCUUCUCUUCAUGGCUAAGGAAAACUAUGAGGAAGCCCGUUAUCAUCUAGCCAAUGAUAUUUAUUUUGCCAGUUGUGCAUUUGGAACAGAGAAUAUCAGGACCUCAGGAGGCUACUUCCACCUGGCUAAUAUUUUUUAUGGCCUUAAUAAGUUGGAUCUGGCAGACACACUGUACACCAAGGUCUCUGAGAUCUGGAAUAAAUAUUUGAACGAUCACUAUGAAGUUCUCCUAAAGAAUCGCAUCCAACAUAUAGAUUUACUGGGCAAACAAUUUGAGACUGAUACCGGCUUGGAUGAAGCCCAUGAAGCAGAAGCCAUUCGGAUCCUGACUUCAAUCUUGAAAAUUCGAGAAUCUACAUCUGACAAAGCCCCCCAAAAAACCAUCUUUGUUAUGAAGACCUUGGCCAUGCUUUACUACCUGAUGAUGAAUUCUUCAGAGGCACAGGAAUAUGCCUUCAGAGCCCUCAGUCUAGCUAAAGAAAAACAUCUCACUGUCCAUGAACAGAGCAUCAUUCAAGAGUUACUAAAUCUUAUCACAGCUGAAGAAGCUUAUUCUAUUGGUUAGUAACCCAUGAGUACUGUGCCAGGGCAAUUGAGGGGUGAUUGAACAUCUCAUAAAGUCCAGCAUAAACUGUUUCCAGGGGCUCUGAGUUGUUCAAGUGCUCACCCUCUUCCUCUUGGAUUCACAUACAGCUGUGUCUUUAUUCUUACACAUUUGUGGGGGGAUAAAGACCUCUAGGCACAGAAAUCAGUAAAACUAUUGUUUUUCAUGACCUUUGUACUGGGCUUAUCAUGGCUUUGUCCAAUUUUGAAUAAUGUGCUGUCUGCUCAUGAAUUUGUAAUUAAACUUCAGCCCACCACAUUCCAAAGCAGUCUCCCAGCGGUGUGUGUUUCACCAGUCUUUGUCAAAGAAGGGGCUUGAGAAUAGAGCUGUGUUGGAGCAAAGUUUCUCUAGUCUACUGAAGUUAGAUUAGUAUUACUCUGAGGAAGAUUGUGAUUAAGAUGUCCGUUACAGUUGCUAGCACAAUACCAGAAUACAAUUCUAAAAAUAAAAAUCAACUAAGGAAUUCAAUAGAACACUAGAAGAUCCACUGAAUGCAAAAGAAGGUAGCAACAGAGGAAUGAAAGACAUGAGACAUGCAGAAAGCAAGUGACCAAAUAGGGGCAUAAAUCAUAGGUGUUUGCCAGAGAAAAUCCCUGAAUUUUGCAAGGAAUUCCAGUAUGGAAUGGUGGAGAUGCCCAUUUGUAGGGUAAGCAAAUUUUGGUCAGGCUUUUUACACCAUUAGCCUCUGUGGCUCUCACCUGCAGCCUUGAUGUUGUGGAGGCUCUGGGGAGUGGCAUGGGGCGUGAUUGUGGACACCUGGAGCAGGAGUGGGCCUGCGUAAGUGUGCACACCUGAGCCCAGAGGUCAGGGCUGCAGGGCAGCGUUGCUCAGAGACGGAGGAAGGCUGCAGGAGGCAGCUACGCAGGGACAAGUGAUGACAGAAGAGGAAAAACCAUGAGAGAAGGCCAGAGGAGGACCACAGGAAGAGCUUAAAGGUUUGCUGGAGGCCUGGGGGAGGCUGGUCAGCCUCCUAGCCCCCAGCCUCCCUGCCUCGUUCCCCACUGCUUUGUCAGCCUGUGAGCUGGCACAACGCCAUUGCAGGUCUGUGUCUUUUUUUUUUUUUUUCGGAGUUAAUAAUUUGAAGCAGAAAUGAGCCAUCAAUUUCUGUCCAGGGUAAAAGCACUCUGAAAGCCCCCUCUGGCAUAGGGACAGAGUACAGACCUCAGCGACAGACAUGCCCAGGUUCAAGUCCCAGCGCUUUCUCAUAAUAAUUUAGGGCCUUGAUCCCUCCAUAAUCUCAUUCAUUGUUUUUGGAGAAUGGCCCAGCUUCAGUGCCUCUGGUCACUUACCACAUCCUUUUUCCCUCUGCUGCCCACCAGCACCACUUCCUGGGUGGAUCUGCUGCUGGACGGCAUCUACAAGUCAAGAACUGGUUUUAUGGUUCUCACUUUAAAAUCAUUCACUCAGGCAGGUAUAAUAAAAAUGUCAGAGGGUCCACCCUCCUUGCCGGUGCAACAAGUUAGGAUGCAGCACUCU